CCAGGUUGCCAAAGUCACUACCACAUCACAUGCCUUUUGUUUUUGGCUCUUUGCUGCUCCAUUGCUAUUCACGUUCUGGUUCUCCAUUCUCCUUUGAAUCUCACUUUAGGAUUUUUCAAACGAAGAACUUAGAACAGUGGACCAGCGACAAAGGAGGUCAGAAGGAGCUAAGAAAUGGAGAGCAGUGAAGAAGAUGAUGACUUUCCUUCCAUAGAAAGCAUUACUCCCCAGUCCAAGAUCGAUUCCCUCUACCAAUCUGAAACCGAAAAGAUGAUAAGCAUGGACAUUCAUGCAGGGAAUCAGAAAGCUUUGCUGUGAGCUGUUGGAUUUGAAGGAUGCGGUGGAAAAUCUAUCUGGAAAUAUGCAAACAAAAUAUUUGGCUUUCUUGAGAAUGACAGAGGAAGUUGUGGAAAUGGAUCAUGAAUUGGUUGAGCUACGCAAGCAUAUUUCUGCGCAGGGAAUUCUUGUGCAGGAUUUAAUGACUGGGGUAUGCCGUGAAAUAGAAGAGUGGAGCCGAAAUACUGAUAACAGUGAUAAAGAAGCUAAUGAUAACAAUGAUAAUGCCCAGCAAGACGUUCAAAUUUUCGAACUUCAACAUCCCUCACCAAAUGGAAUAGAUGAUCAGAAAGAAUUGUUUUUAGAGAAAAUAGACGUUCUCUUGGCUGAGCAUAAAGUGGAAGAAGCACUAGAGCUGAUAGAUGCUGAAGAAAGAAACCAUGUGGAGCUGAAUAGCUCAGGGGAUACUUCAACUGAAGGAUCCGUCUAUAAAGCAUCUCUUUUGGAGAAAAAGGCAAUGCUUGAGGAUCAGUUGAUUGCAAUCGCUGAACAGCCUUUAGUUUGUGUUCCUGAGCUGAGGAAGGCUUUAUCCAGUUUGAUUAGGCUUGGGAAGGGUCAUUUAGCACAUCAGCUACUGCUGAAAUCAUAUGGGUCUCGCCUUCAAAAGAGCAUUGAGGCUUUUCUUCCUUCAUGUUCUGUCUGCCCCAAAACAUUCCCGGCCACGCUAUCUCGGCUUUUCUUUUCAAUAAUCUCAUCAACAACUAAAGAAUCUGGCUUGAUAUUUGGUGAUAAUCCUGUAUAUACCAACAGAGUUGUUCAGUGGGCCGAGUGGGAGAUUGAAUACUUUGUAAGAUUUGUGAAGGAGAAUGCACCCUCUUCGGACACAGUUUCUGCUUUACGUGCUGCUUGCAACUGUGUUCAGGCUAGUCUUAACUACUGCUCGCUGUUGGAAUCACAAGGUUUGAAACUUUCAAAGUUGCUUUUGGUUCUCUUGCGGCCAUACGUUGGAGAAGUUCUAGAACUGAACUUUAGACGGGCUAGAAGGAUGGUUCUUGACUUGGCUGAAGUCAAUGAAAGCAUGUCCUCAUCACCUCACUAUGUUUCUUCUUUGUCUGCAUUUUCGACAUCUUCAGAUAGUGUGCUUGUUGAAAGCGGAGUGAGAUUUAUGUACAUUGUUGAAGAUAUGCUGGAACAGCUUACCCCACUGGCUGUUUUGCACUUUGGAGGAAAUGUGUUGAAUAGAAUCUCACAGCUGUUUGAUAAAUACAUGGAUGCCCUUAUCAAAGCCUUACCUGGCCCCUCUGAUGAUGACAAUCUUACAGAGCUGAAGGAGUUUGUAGCCUUUAGAGCUGAAACAGAUUCGGAGCAGCUUGCUAUUUUAGGUGUAGCAUUCACUAUUUCGGAUGAACUUUUACCCCCAAAUGUGUCAAAAAUGUGGAGCUCUAAGAAUGAGAGCAAGGAACCUGGAAGUGAAAAUAUGGUGGCUAAUGCAAGCACUGCCGUGGAACUGAAGGACUGGAAGCGACAUCUGCAGCAUUCAUUUGACAAGCUUAGAGAUCACUUCUGUAGGCAGUAUAUUCUUACUUUCAUUUAUUCGCGAGCUGGAAAAACGCGAUUGAAUGCACAAAUUUACUUAAACGGGGACGAGGAUGGGGAAGAUUUAUAUUGGGAUUCUGAUCCUCUUCCAUCACUGCCAUUUCAGGCAUUAUUUGCAAAGUUGCAGCAAUUAGCAACUGUGGCUGGAGAUGUGUUACUUGGGAAAGACAAACUACAGAAAAUUUUGCUUGCUAGGCUAACAGAAACAGUUGUAAUGUGGUUGUCUGAUGAGCAGGAAUUUUGGGGUGUGUUUGAGGAUGAAUCUAUUCCGAUUAAGCCACUAGGUUUGCAGCAGUUAAUUCUCGAUAUGCAUUUCACUGUUGAAAUUGCACGUUUUGCCGGCUACCCAUCUCGACAUGUGCAUCAGAUUGCUUCAGCGAUUAUCGCUCGGGCAAUAAGGACCUUCUCCGGUAGAGGAGUCGAUCCACAAAGUGCUCUACCUGAGGAUGAAUGGUUUGUUGAAACUGCAAAGUCAGCGAUAAACAAACUUCUCUUAGGAGCAUCCGGGUCAGAGGCAUCCGAAGCUGACGAGGAACACAUUGUUCUGCACGAUGAGAUUAUCUCAGAUUCUGACGACACUACUUCUUCGCUCUCAACAGUAGAAUCUUAUGAAUCUUUUGCUUCUGCAAGUAUGGGUGAACUUGAUAGCCCCUCAGACUCUACUGAUCAUGAGGGUUGAAUUUUUGUUUGCAAUUGCCUGCAGAACUUCCCAACUCCUGGUAGUUUUCUCACAUCAAGUAGCUUGUAGUUCAGUCAUUUUAGAAGUUGAAUCUUCUUCUGAACUCAGUUUUUAGUAAGCCUAGAUGGAUAUUGAUGCUUAGAAGUAGACAGUAUCAUAGGAAGUAAGCUUAUAAAAUGCUGUACUUAGACUUAAUUGAUCUUCCAGUAUUUAUUGAUAUAUAUAUUUUUUUUGUAGCA